AUGGCUUCUGGGAAUCCUCAAACUCUUGCCAGUACUCUUGAGCGCCCCGAUUCCUUUGAGGAUUGGCUUCUUGGAACUCAUUAUUCCCAGAAAUACUUAGCAUCGAUGCGGCUUCAGGGACAUUCAAGUCCAGUUCCUCCCAUAGGACAACCAAAAGGCAUUCAAGCUGUUAAGCGCAAACAGCACUCUCGGGGGCCACAACAUGAUAUACCACAUCGGUCAAAUGUAUCAGCAAAUAAUGGUGUGCGGUCGAUGGGGAAGCGACAGAAGCAUAGCGAAGCAAGGACCAUUCAACAAGAAACAGGGGAAAUGACACCUCCUGGUGUUGUUAUGUCCACAGGAAAGAAAAAUGGCGUCUCGUUGGGGACUACAGAAGCUUAUCUGGAUGAACCAUUAGAUGAGAUAGAAAUUUGGAAUCUUCUUCGGGACUCCUACUGUCGAAUAAAAGAUUCAUGUAGUGGGGUCUUUCCGCCUCUUCUAACUCCCUAUACACGUCCUUUGUGGACCUACAAAACAGUGAAUGCUAAAAAAAAUGAACUUUCCAUCGACACUAGAACCAAAGGGGAGAAUCACGAUUUAUCUGCUCCAUCGUCGUUUAAAAAAUCGCACGAUAUCCUAGAUAUACCAUUGCAUCAACGAUUUGCCACAGCUAGGCAACAUCCUUCCACUGGCCCUCCUUGCUUUGCUCCAACUCCAACGUCUUACAGAUGGCUUAUGACCAUGCAUUGA